ACUCAACUCGACGGAGUCAGUUCCACUUUGGACAGCAACCUGUUAGCAAGCGUGCGCAGUCGCGUAUUUCUCCCCACAACAACGAAAAAAGUUUAAAGUGUUUGAUCUUUCGGGAAUUUGUGUUGAAGUUUGUUUUCCACAAGCUUAAUUAAUCAAUUUUGUUGUUUUUUAUGUGUGUGCUUUCGGCAAAUUGAAAAAUCGUUGAACGAUUGCGAAUUGUGUCGUAGAAAAAAAUUGGCAAUUUCUUCCCCGUUGAUGCUGCAACCGAUUGCCAAAGUGAACGCAAAAUUGUGUGAAACAAUCGGAAAAAUUGUUUGUGAGUUGUGAGGCCUCAAAAGUCGUGAUCUGGCGUGCACACCGUCGUGACCCACAAAAAGCUCAAAGCUCACGCUGAAUAAGUGUUGUGUUGUUGCUGUGACUUGCGCAAAACCGCGCCGAAGCAGAAAUUACUCAACCCAAAGUCAAAUCGUGAAGAUCAAUCUCUGUGUUUGGAGGCGACUUUGCACUUUUUGGUUGAAGUUCUCGACGCCGACUGCUGCUGCUGCUGCUGCUGCUGCCCCCUUUUCCGAGGCGGGACCUUUUGGGCGAACCCUGACAAAUAAGAAACCUUUCCGUAAUUAAGCUAAAACCUCAGACGAUUCUUCGGACACAUCGAGCACAUUGGGCAGAAUGAGACGACCCAGCGAUACCGACUUCAACAAAUCGUCGCAUCUGCCAGAUGUCGACGAAGAAAGCGAAACCGACCUGAUGAACGAACGAACCUCGAGAUCUUCGCGAUCUCCCGACUCCGGCUUCCGUAGCAACCGGACGUCGCAGGACCGCAAGACGUCAACGACCUCUACCGGCUCGGACCACUACUGGGAGGCCACCGGACGGCGCCGAAGCUCAGACCAGGGUGUCGUCCUAACGGCAGACACAGACAGCUUCAUCAUCGGGCAGCGCGUCUGGGUGGGAGGGCUGCGGCCGGGCCACAUUGCGUACAUCGGCGAAACGCACUUUGCCCCGGGCGACUGGGCCGGGGUCGUGCUGGACGAACCGAACGGCAAGAACGACGGGUCGAUUUCCGGCAAGCGAUACUUCCAGUGCGAAGCCAAGAAGGGCGUGUUCUCGCGGUUGACCCGGCUGACGCGGGAACCGCUGCCCGGAGCCGGGGCCAUUUCGGCCGGUGGAUCCGGCGAUACGUCGCUGGACCAGAGCCUCCGGUCGCUGACUUCGCCGAUGCGCUCGGGAGCGGUCUCGCCGACGCACAGCGUGUCCAGCUUCGCGUCCAGAUCGCCGGCCAUGGGCAAAGCCGCUACGCUGACGGUGGGCGACCGUGUCAUUGUGUCUUCCGGAUUCGGUUCCCGGCCGGGAAUCCUCAAAUACCUGGGUGAAACCCAGUUCGCCAGCGGAACCUGGUGUGGCGUUCAGCUGGACGAGGCCAGCGGCAAAAACGACGGUUCCGUCGAUGGUGUCAAAUACUUUGACUGUCCGGCCAAGUGCGGCAUCUUCGUGCCGAUCGCCAAGGUUACGCUGUCGCCCUCCUCCCGGAAGGCGCGCCUGUCCCGAUCCGGCUCGAAGGAAUCGCUGACUUCGGUGGGAACGAUGAGCUCGAUCGCUACCACGGCCACCUCCAGACUCCGCAUGAGCGCACAGAGAAAAUCAUCGGUCAACGCAGUGCCUUCAACGCCGAAAGCUUCCUUCUCGCUUCAGGACGUCCUCCGGGAGAAGCAGAACCACAUCGAGCAACUGAUGCGGGAGCGGGAAAUCGACCGGGAGGAAGGGGCCAACCAGACAAUCUUGUACCAGAAGAAUGUUCAACAGCUCAAGGAAAAAAUAGCCAAACUCGAAGGGCAGCUUGGCGAUGAAAAGCGCCGCAACGAGGACCUCCAGUUCAGCGUGGACGAGGUGACGUUCUGCAACGAUGAGAAUAACGGAAAAAUUCAAAAUUCCGCUCAUGCCCAAACCCAAAUCUACAAGGAGCGAAUAGCGGAACUAGAGAAGCAAGUGGGACAGAAGGGAGGAGCCGAGCCGGAUCUUCCCGCCAAGGAGCCAGAUUCCACGGCCCAGCUGAAUGCGGAAAUCGACAAGCUCAAAGCGGAGAUACUCCAGCGGGACCAGAAGCUGCACCUCAGCGAGGAACUCAAGCAAUCGCUCGAGGAUGAAGUCGCCAAGCUGCACGAGCGGUUGGCCGAAACGGAGAAGAAUCUGGACAUCAAGGAGUCGAGCUACAACAUCAGCGAGCAGUGUCUCAAGGAGAAGAUCACCUACCUGGAGGGACGGAUCGACGAGCUGGACGUGGAGCUGACGACGAAGGACGCCGACCUGGAGAAGCAGUACCUGGAGCUGAAAAACGCCGAAGGAAACCUGGAAGAGGAAGUGUCCCAGCUGCAAAACGACGUGCGAAGCAAGGAAACGCUGCUCGGCGAGCGUGACAAGCAGCUUGAGAAGCUGACGGCUGAGGUUGAGUCGUUGUUGAAUGAUCUCCGACAGAGGGAUGUGAAGCUACUCGAAGGAGAAAGCGGACUCAAGGUUGUGCUGGAGGAGAAGGAUGGCGCAAUCAGCAAGCUGAGCAACCAAGUGGAAGAGCUGACGCAGGAACAGGCAGCAGCUAAGCUCGCACUGGAAGACAAGGAGAAAAAGAUAAGCGAUUUGAAUGCGAAACUUGUGGCUACCGAAGAACAGGCAAAGCAACACGAGGAAAGUGUCCGAGAGCUCAAAAAGAGCCAACAAACGCUGGAAGAAAGUCUCAAAGCAAGCGAGAAACUUGCAGAGGACAAAGAGACGAUUCUCGUAAAGAUUCAGGACGAUCUGAAGAACAGUUCCGCUGGGAAUGAGGAACAACUGGCACUGCUUCGUUCGAAGGACGCCGAACUGGAGCAGAAGCAGCAAGACAUCGACGCGAAGCAAUAUCAAAUCACAAACCUCGAAUCCAGCAUCACAGAACUUUCGAAAAAGCUCGACGACACCGUCAAAGACCGUGACAGCCGUCAAGCGGAACACCAAGCCGCACAAGAAUUCGAGAGCAAAGCCAAGGAAGACCUGCUCAAGAAGCUCGCCAACUAUGAGACUGAUCAACUUGCCAAAGACAAGCAGCUGGAGGAAGCGGAAAUCCUCGUCAGUGCCCUGCAGGGCGAACUGAAAGAACUCAACGCGGCCAAAGCAAAUCUUGCCCGGGAGCUGGAAGACACGCGAAACAGUUUUGCCGACCGGGACAGCGCCUUGAGUAAGCUCAACGAAGAGCGAACCCUGUUGGCCGAACAACUGGAGAAACUGCGGAAAGAUUCGAGCGGGGCCGUGUCGCUGCUCGAGGAAAGACUGAAGAACGCACAAAAGACGCACGAAGAAGAGCUGCAGAAUGCGACGGAAGCUCACGAGAAACAGAUUGGUGCCAAAGAGGCCGCGAUUGGAGAACUCGAAGCAUCGCUGGACAAACUGGGGCAGCUUAAAGAGCAACUGCUAACGCAGCUGGACGAAUCAAAAACCUUCGGCAAGUCGUCAACAGACGAACUCUCCAGCAAAACAAGCGAGAUUCAGGAACUGAACAAGCAACUCCAAGCGCUCAAAACGGAACUGUCUUCCAAAUGUGAAUCAGCAGACAAACUAAACAACUCGCUAAGCGAAAGCUAUGCCAAGGCGGAGUCCAGCGAAAAGAAGCUGUCCGAACUCCAGGAAAGCUUCGGUAAGCUGGAGAUCGAGCAUGCCGACCUGAAGCGCAAGAUGGAAGCGCUGGAGCAAAAAUCCACCCAGUUACAGCAGCAGAAAUCCGACCUCGAACGUGAACUGGACACGCUGCGGUCCUCCACGCUGGACUCGAACUCGGAGCUCGCCAAGACCACGGAAGAGUUGAAAAGCAAGCAGAAACUGCUGGAAGAGCUGCAGGAUGCGUUCGACAGCAGCAAGAUCGACAUGGAGCGGCGACUCGACGAAGCGAACCAGUCGAACGCUGGGCUGAGCGAUCAGAUCGAACGGUUGCGCGGUGAAAUGCAGCACAUUUCCGGGCAGAAAAUUGACCGCGAGAACGAGCUGAACGUGGAGCUGGCCAAGAUCAAGGAGACGGCCGAGGUGGAGAAGGAGAACCUGGUGCGUGAGAUUGCCGGGUUGAAGGCCAGCUUCGAGGAGGAGAGGAGCCGGUUGUUGAAGGAGGCCGAGUUGAAGCUGGUGGAGUUUGAGCAGCUGAAGGAGGAACUGAACGGGAAGGUGGCACGACUGGAAGGUUCGUUGAAGGAAGUGAAGGAUGAAUUUGAAAAAGCCGUUGAGAAGGCGGGCAAGGAGCGUUCCGAGCUGGAGGAUGUGCUGAAGAACAAAACUGAAAGUGAGGAUUCGCUGAAGAAGCAAUACGAGGAAUUGAAGGAAGCGGAAGCGAGUGUCAAAAAGUCGCUAGCUGAACUGCGAGACUCGAUGGAGAAGGGAAGUCACGAUGCGUCAGCUCAGUUGGAUGAAAAGAACACCAAGAUUACGGAACUGGAGAAAGAUCUGCGGUCACUGCAGGAUGAGUUGUCCAAGAAGCAGAGCGAGUGCGUCGAGUCGAGCAAGAAGCUGGAGCAGAAUGCCGAGAUGCACUCGGAGCUGUUGAAGCAACUGGAAGGCUAUCUAAUGCAAGUACAGGAAGUGAACGGAGAGAAGGGUAAGGCGGAAGCUACCUGCAAGGAGCUGACUGCGGAAUUGACAGGAUUGAAGGAGAAGUACCAGGAGAUGGAGGAGGAGCAGAUUGAUCUGGUGAACCGAGAAGAAGUGCUCAAGGAAGAAGUUGAACAACUAAAGGGAAGUUUGGAGGGUGUCCAAGAGCAGUGCAAAGACCUGCAAACGCAGCUAGAGAAGGAAGCACAAAAGUCGGCGAGUACAGCGGGUGAACUGGAAGCCAGUAAAACGCAAUUGGAACAGGAAUGUACACGACUGGCAGGAACUGUCGCGGAGAAGGAGAGCGCAACUGUAGAGUUACGAUCAAAGUUAGAAGAAUUGUCAAGCCUUGUUGAACAACUUCGUGCGGAGGUGAGUUCAAAGGAUCAAACGAUCAAAGCGGUUGAAGAGGGUUCCCAACAGAAGGGACUGGAGCAAGAAUCUCUGCAGAAGUCGGUUCAAGAAAAGGAAUCGCUGAUCGCACAGAAGGAAGCUGAAGUGCAGCAACUUCGAAGCGAUUUGGCACAGAAGGAGGAAGCACUACAGCACGUGUUCGACAAGUUAGCAUCUACGGAGAAGUGCCUUACCGAGAGGAGUGAACAGGGAACGAAGGCAGCUACUGAAGUGAGCGGUUUGAGGGAGGAACUGGAGAAGGUGAAAGCUGCUGGGAAGACACAGGAUGAAAAGCUAAAGGAACAGGACAGGACGAUCCACGAGUUGGAAACAAAACUUUCGGCACAGACGUCGCAGUUUGAAGACUUACUGAACAAGAAGAAAUCCGUGGAGACGGAGAGUUCGCACAAGUUGCACGAGCUGAACCAGAAACUGCUGGAAAUGGAAAGUCUGAAACAACAGGAGAUCAGCGAACUUCAGGAGAAACUUUCCUCUACGCUAAGCAAGUUUGAGGCCCAGAUGAGUGAAUCGGCCAAAACAGUUGGAACGAUGCGGUCGGUUGAAAAGCGCCAACAGGAGCUGGAGUGUGAAAAGAAGGACCUGGAACUGCGCGAAACCGAAAUGCAGAUCGCAAGUCGAAAGCUUCAGAAGGAGAUUGAUCUUCUCCGAAUGCAACUAACGACCAAGGACAGCGAUAUUCGCAAGUUACGGCAAGAACUGGAAUCGGCAGCGGCUUCCGGUACAUCAACGACAAUGACCAUCGGUAGUGAGACCACCGACGAUGACGCUGGAGCGCAGAUAAACUUCCUGAACUCGAUCAUCGCCGACAUGCAGCGUAAGAACGAAAAGCUAACGCUCCGCAUCCAGGCGCUGGAGCAGACCAGCAUCGAAGGCACAGGCUUCAACUCGAGCUUCGAGUUUGGCAAGCGGAAGCCGGCACCGCGCGUGUUCUGCGACAUCUGCGACGAGUUUGAUCAGCACGAGACGGAGGACUGCCCGAAGCAGUGCUCGGACAGCCCGCCGGAAUCGCUCAAGCAUCCGUCGUCGGCGGCGGACCCGACGAAGGAGCGCAAGGUGCCCCCGCCGCGGAAGUACUGCGAGGGAUGCGAAGUGUUCGGCCACGAGCUGGGUGAAUGUCCCGACGAUGAAACGUACUGAGAUCGGAGCUCAGUGUUGGUGGGGUGUUUUCCCAGUCAGACAGUCAGCAGUCAGUGGAAACAUAUGCGCGCAUGCUUUCCAGCAGCAGUUUGUGUUUUAAUUCUACACUCCCGCACCCGUUCGUUCUUUAUGUAAUUUUAUGAAGCCCCAGACUCACAGUGAAGUUCAGUUCUUGUUUUCGUGUUAUCAGGAGAGACAGUGAGCUUCGUUCGCAGAAAUAGCUGAAUACAGUUCAACGAAUUAUUUAUUUGCUUUUUUGUGUAUGUUAAUGAACUUGUAAUGUAAGAAACUGUUUACACUUUCCGCAAAGUUUGUAGAACAAACGACUCACUCUAGAAACUUUUGGCGCAUUUCCGUGUUGUUGUAGAAGGAAUCUUUCGAAGAAAUAAACACCAAUUAGUUUCAAUAGCUAACAGCA